UAUUAUUUUAACUUGAUAUUUUUGUGAGUGUGGUCACGUGAUCAAAUCGGAGGGAAUAGCUGGCAGCCAUUUGUCUGUUAUCUAAAAAAACGAUUUCAAGUUCACUCUAGUGCACCGGCAGGUUAAAAGAGGAGAGACUGAAGUGAAAGAGACAGGGACUCGAUUCCAUAAAUUGAUCCUGAUUUGUACUGAAGGAUUAGCUGCUAUUUGAAUUCUCGUCUUGUUAAUUUUAACUUCUAAGGUUGAUAAACUUCUGGAACUAGCUUUAUUGUUUUCAUAUUUCACAAGAAAUAUACUUGAACGAUAUGAACAAAAAGGUUUUAACAUUAUAAACAGUAACAAAAUGGCAACAGGUUCAUUGUCUUCAGUUCCAAAACGUUUGCGUAUGGUUGAAGACUUUUCUUGCACAUGUUGUUUAGAGCAGAAUCUUACGGAAUCUGCAGACAUUUAUUGUGAACAAUGUUUAAGGUUUUAUUGUAAAAAAUGUGUUAUCCUGCAUAGUCAGUUGUUUACAAAACAUAUGACAUGUGGAAGGGAGGAUAUUAAGAAAUGGCCAGUUUCUAAGGCGGUGGAAGAUUUUCUCAGGAAGUGUGAGGUGCAUGCGGAUGAAUCAUUGACACAGUUUUGCCAUGACCACGGUCAGCUGUGCUGCUCUGCAUGUGUUGGAACAAUUCACAGCCAGUGCAGUAAAGUGACCCAGAUUUCGGAGCUGACCAACUCGCAGCCCACUGGCCUGGAGGGGAUGUCAGUGGAGCUGGAAACUGUCCUGGGGGAAAUUAAAACCCUGCAGAUCAGUCAGAAGGCCAGCAUUCAGUCAUUGCAGAAAACAUACAAGGAACAUAGUGCAGUUAUGAUAGAGCAAAUGCGUGGCAAUUUAAAUACUUAUAUAGAUGAAUGUGAUAAUAGUUCUGUGGGUACAUCAGGCGGAAAUGAGAAAUAUUUAAAAGAAGAGAUGUGUAGGAGUGUUCUCUCUAUCGUGAAUGAAUUUGAUAAUAUUACUGCGAAGGAACUUAACGAGAUGAAAGAUGAAGUUAUAAGCAUUAAAGGGUCAGUUACAAGUUCUAUUCAUAAAUGCACCACUCUUCACAAUGACUUGUCACAAUUCCAUGAACUUGUUCAGAAAAUUGGAGAUAAUAAGGAGCUCUGUCUUAUAGCCAGCAUAAAAUGUAAGCAUAUAAUACAGCAGGCAUUGACUCUGCUAGGAAAGUCAGGCAAGGCGUUUAACGUCCAGCGGAAGUCUGUGCACAAUGUGAGAAUACCAAGUGAUUCAUAUGAAUGUAGUAUUGCAGGCAUAUGUGUUCUGACUGAUGGGCAGGUGCUGGUCGCAGACUAUGAGAAUAAGAGGAUCAAGCUGCUGAACCAGCAGUACCAGGUGGUGAAUCACUGGCAUGUGACUGCUGGGCCAUGGGACAUAAUUUUAUUAUGUUUGAUCACAUCCAGUGAGGUUGCAGUGGCUGUGAAUGACCAUGAUAGCAAGAUACAUGAGGUCCAGUUUAUCACUGUCAACCAGGGAAAGCUUGUCUCUGGCAGGAAGUUUCAGUUACAACAUGAAUGUAGAGGUAUUGUCCAUCACCAAGGAGACCUUUUUGUCACCUCUGGUAAAGAAUUGUACAAAUACUCACUGAGUGGCAAACUGAUCUGCAGUCUCUACCAAGAUAGAUCAGCUGAUUUGACAGUAUACAAGUGUGCUGUGAGUCCCACAGGAGACAGGCUGUACAUCAUCAGCUGGCCUCAGAACAAGCUUCUCACCCUGGCCAGGGAUGGCACACUCCUGGCUACAUACACAGACCCACCACUAGGUGGCCCAACUGGUCUACAUGUGACCCCUGCAGGCCAGGUGCUGGUCUGUGGAUACGUGCCCGACACUGUACAACAGGUGGGCUGGGAGGGAGAGAGUAAGCUUGCUAUGCUGGCUACUCAGGAGGAUGGAGUGAGGUUCCCACAGUCAGUCUGCUACAGCAGCACCACAUCAUCCAUCAUUGUGGGACAGUAUGACAGUAACAACAUCCUGGUGUUCAGAGUGGAAUAGUGUGUACAUUUGCUGCUGGGUCGGGACAACGAUGCUGAGGAUGUGGGGGACAAGCAUGACGCAGAAGGAGAGCACUAGCAUUGAUAUCUAGUUGGCCAAGCAACAGCACCAGUCCGACCUGCAGGAGCCCCAAUACAGAACCAUCCUUUCCCUCCCCUGAUCCCUAGCUCCUCCCACUGGACCUCUGGCCUCAAAGGGUCAGCAUCGUUACACAAGUCUGUUCUGCAAUAAAUCCUCAGCACGUCAAGUUUUCACGCGCUGUUAUGAACAACCAAAAUGUCCGCGUCGAGAUUUCCCCAAGCAAGCCUGAGUAGUUUUGUUUAGCUCUAGUGCCCGAGUGGGAUGAGUGUUACAGAAGCGAGACGUUAAAGCAGCACUUAUGGUAACGCUAACAGUGAAUGCUAACAGUUAGUUCUCGCUGUGGACAUCACAAAGAAUCUCACGAAGAAUUAAGCGUUGAAUAAUUUGUUUAAUUCUUAAUAAGACACAGGGUUCGCACAGGGCUUGAAAAGUGCUUGAAAACGAGUCCUAGGCUUGAAAAGCUCUUGAACAAAGGUUGGCCUUAAAAAGGUGCUUAAAAAGUGCUUAGUUCAUGUAAAAAAGCCUUGAAAAUGUUUAUUUCUGCUCAAAAUUACUUUUAUCAUGGCUUUAAUUAUAAACUUAAAUCGUUCUUAUGGGAAAUAUUACGAAAAUGUAUCAUAGAUUCCUUCGCGCAAAAAGUUGAGUACGAAAUAUAAGUUUCGUACACUAUUGAGAACGAAGUGUUAUGUGUACAUGUCACAGAUUAUGUGUGCUACAUCAGAGGUUCUCCAUUGUGAUCAAUUUUCGCAAGUGAAAACGCAUCAAUGGGGAAGUGUCGUUUCAAACCAGGGUGGUUAACUGAAUAUUCCUGGGUACAGAAAACAAAUGACAUUCGAAAAGCACAUUGUUGGGUCUGUAUGAAGACCAUUGAUGUCGGGGGUAUUGGGGAAAGCGCUUUGAAAAGCCACAAGAAAGUGAAAACCCUCAAAGAAAACAUGACAUUGAGAAGCAAACAGGGUUCCUGCGAUGUGUUUUUUGUUAAACAGGAAGGUACUAUUGUUAAAACUGUUAAAUCUAAAACAGACAUAAAAAACAACAGCCCAUCUGUGUCAAACCAGGAAGGCAUAGCCACAUGCAGAGAGUGUGCAGAUAGAAGAUUCAAAUUCCAGGACCUUCGCAACUUUCAGCUGUAGUAUCAAACUCGCAGACAUCCAUAGACAAACUCGUUUAAAAAAAUGAUAUGUUGAACGCGAAAGUAUUGUGGGUAUUUAUACCGUUUGCACACAACCAUCAUUUAAUUCCAAUAAAAACAUUACAACGUUUUUUCAGGUUGUGUUCCAUGACAGUACCAUAGCAAAGCAUAAUUAUGUGGCUGUUUUGGGGCUAGCUGAACAUUUCAAAACUGUACUUGAUAGUUCUAUAACUUAAUUAGUGGA